AUGCAGAAGAGGAGCCUCAUGGAGACGGAACCGAGACUCUUACUCCCUACUGGCGUGGGAAGUGGCAAUUGGAUACUUGCAAUAGAUGAUGAUGAUGAUGAUGAUGAUGAUGAUGAUGAUGAUGAUGAUGAUGAUGAUGAUGAUGAUGAUGAUGAUGAUGAUGAUGAUGAUGAUGAUGAUGAUGAUGAUGAUGAUGAUGAUGAUGAUGAUGAUGAUGAUGAUGAUGAUGAUGAUGAUGAUGAUGCGUGA